UCUGUCAGAGGGAAAGCCCAGCCACUCGACUCUCUGUGCGCAUAAGCUAAGGAAACUUUCCUCAAAGCCCGAGGCCAGGGCUCCUCUGGGCAAGAAAACAUGGGCACUCUCUCCUCCUUCCCUCUCUCUUUGCUCCUCUUUGCUGCCAGCUGUUGGGGUGGUAAUAUCUGUACUACACGAGGAGUGAAUUCAUGCCAACAGUGCUUAACUGUGAAUCCACAAUGUGCGUGGUGUUCCCAGGAGGGCCUGCCACAAGGAUUCUCUCGCUGUGAUCUGAAGGACAAUCUUCUUCAAAAUGGCUGUACAAAUGAUUUUAUUGAAUAUCCAGUCAGCAGCACCCACAUCCUAGAGAAUAGACCCCUGAGCAGUAAAGGCUCAGGGAGUGGAAUUACCCAAAUGGCUCCACAGAAGAUCGAGCUCAUCUUGCGGCCAGACGAUUCCCAAACCUUCACAGUGAAAGUGCGUCAGGUGGAAGAUUACCCUGUAGACAUCUACUAUCUGAUGGAUCUGUCCAAUUCCAUGAAGGAUGAUCUCCGUACCAUCCAAAAUCUAGGUACCAACCUAGCCUUGAGAAUGCGUAAAGUGACCAGCAACCUAAGGAUUGGCUUUGGAGCCUUUGUGGACAAGCCUCUGUCCCCUUACAUGUACAUUUCACCUCCAGAAGCCAUAGAAAAUCCAUGCUAUGACUUGAAACCACCUGAUGAUUACUGCCUGCCAAUGUUUGGCUAUAAACAUGUCCUGGCACUUACAGAUGAAGUACAGCGUUUCAAUGAGGAGGUGAAGAAGCAGAGUGUGUCAAGGAAUCGUGAUGCACCUGAAGGAGGAUUUGAUGCCAUCAUCCAAGCUACUGUCUGUGGAGAGAAGAUUGGCUGGAGACCAGAUGCCUCCCACUUACUGGUCUUCACUACAGAUGCUAAAACACACAUUGCUCUAGAUGGGAGACUGGCAGGGAUUGUGACACCCAAUGAUGGGGAUUGCCACUUGGACAGCAACAACGUCUAUGAAGCUUCAACCAGACUGGAUUACCCAUCCCUUGGUCUGCUGACAGAUAAACUCUCCCAGAAAAACAUUAACUUGAUUUUUGCCGUGACUCAUGGCAUUGUAGGACUUUACCAGAACUAUAGUGAGUUGCUCCCAGGCACUACGGUAGGGACUUUGACAAGUGACUCCAGCAAUAUUCUGCAGAUUAUUUUGGAUUCUUAUGGGAAAAUCCGUUCCAAGAUCGAACUGGAAGUGCGGGAUCUGCCAGAAGAGUUGUCCCUCUCAUUCAAUGCCACCUGCCUGGAUAAUGAAGUAAUUCCAGGAGUUAAGUCCUGUGUUGGUCUUAAGAUUGGUGACACGGUGAGUUUCAGCAUUGAGGCCAAGGUGCGAGGAUGUCCCCAAGAAAAGCAGAAGUCUUUCACUAUCAAGCCAGUGGGCUUCAAGGAUAACCUGACAGUACUGGUGAGCUUUGACUGCAAUUGCGUAUGCCAGCAAUAUGCCGAGCAUGAUAGUGAGACUUGUACUCAUGGAAAUGGGACCUUUGAAUGUGGCAUGUGCCGCUGCCACCCGGGGCGGCUGGGCUCCCACUGUGAGUGUUCUGAAGAGGAGUAUAGUCCCUCACAGCAGGACAAUUGCAGCCCCCGUCCAGGAGAACCCCUCUGUAGCCAGCGGGGUGAAUGUAUCUGUGGUCAAUGCGUUUGCUACAGCAGCGACUUUGGCAAGAUCUCCGGCAAGUACUGCGAAUGUGAUGACUUCUCCUGUGUCCGUUUCAAGGGGGAGCUGUGCUCUGGCCAUGGGAAAUGUGACUGUGGUGAUUGCAACUGUGAUCCUGACUGGACAGGGACCUACUGCAAUUGUACCACCCGGACUGACACCUGCAUGUCUAGCAAUGGACUGGUUUGCAGUGGGCAAGGGCGUGGGUAUUGUGCCUGUGGGAAAUGCGUCUGUACCCAGCCUGGCUCUUAUGGAGACACUUGUGAGAAAUGUCCCACCUGCCCUGAUGCUUGCACCAUCAAAAAAGAAUGUGUGGAAUGUAAAAAGUUUGAGCGGGGGGUCCUGAUGGAGCAAGAUGCCUGUAACCGCAACUGUCGGGAUGUGAUUGAGUUGGUGCAGGAACUUGGAGACAAGGGGGAAAAUGCUGUGAAUUGUACUUACAAGGAUGAAUAUGACUGUGUGGUACGUUUCCAGUACUAUGAAGACUCCAGUGGAAAGUCUAUCCUCUAUGUCAUUGAGGAACCAGAUUGUCCCAAAGGCCCUGAUGUCCUGGUAGUUCUUCUUUCGGUGACUGGAGCCAUCUUGCUUAUUGGCUUGGCUGCACUUCUCAUCUGGAAACUGCUUAUCACCAUCCAUGACCGGCGGGAGUUUGCCAAGUUUGAAGAAGAGCGAGCCAGAGCUAGAUGGGACACGGCAAACAACCCAUUGUACAAGGGAGCCACCUCCACAUUCACCAACAUCACAUACCGUGGAAAUUCAUGAAGGGAGAGAGUACUGGGGUUUCCCUACUCAUGUUUACAGAACAGUCUGUGUUGUGUUGGCAAGUGUGUUUUGUGUGCGUGAAAUUUGAACAGCUUUUGCUCAAGUUGUUCAAGAGCUUUUGCUCUUCAUUGUUCUGCUAUCACUUGAGGAUCUUUGCACUGUGAUUCUUCCAGUUAUUCUUUUUACCUCAGAACUGUGGACCGAACCCAUACACUGAAGGAGAAAGCAGAACUUGAUCUUCAGUAGGAUCAGCACUGUACAAAUCCUGGAGUGGGCAGUUACGGGACAUUUUCCUUGAAUAAAAUUAGAGGGCAGGAGUGUUGAAGUAUAUAAUCUAAUGCAGAAGGUUUUUAUUAUGAUGAAUUUGGAAAGUGAGGGGGUUAGGAACAAAAUCAUCCAGUUAGAAAUUAUUGGAGCACAUUACAGACCCCAAAGCUCUUCUGUCAAGAUUGCUUGAAUUGGCUCAGCUGGAGACAUCUAUCUCUUUCUGCUGCCAUCCAGACUUGCACGUCUGUGGCUAAAGUAGAUAUAAGAAAGCUUUAAUUGCAGCCUGAGCAUUGUUGGGCAGCAUUCCUUUUGCAAGGAACCAUGGGGGAUAUGUGAUUCUUACUAGAGGUGGGAAAGUUUUGGGAAAAGAAGACACAUAGGUGUUGUUAGGACUAGCAAGCUCCAGUCUCAUAUGUGUUGCUGAUUAUCAUUGUAACCACAUAAGUAUUGUAUUUCAAAAUGGGCUUAGGAAGAAAAAAUAUUGUCUUCUGAGGUUUUAGAAAAUAUAUACUUCCAUGAUCCAUCACAAGCUGAUCUCAUUUUCUUGGACAAGGACAAAAUAUUGCAUCUUAUUUUGAAAAUCUCUCUCUUGUUGUCCUUAUUCCUACAGUACGAGAUCAUAGGUGCUUGGUAUUUAAGUUUUAGAAAGAAAAAAAGAAGGCAUUGUGGUUAUGUGCAUACUCACAAGCUUUUUGGAAUACCUUGUGAUGCUAAUUAUUUGUGUCUUUUUUUAAUGGCAAAGUUGGGAGAAGAACAUUCUUGAAGGUACUUCUUUUUCCAUUAUGACUUAAUAAUGCUGAGCCUUGGCCUUGGCUCAACCUAAGAUCUUUACAAAACAUGCAUAGCUAUAUACCUGCUUAUGAACAAUACCCAAUACAAUGUGUUUGGAAGAAUAUAUUCACAGUGAAGGAAUAAAAGGAGACAAAGUCUCACAUGUCCUUUCUUCUGUACAGAGAGUACAGAUUGGAACUCCAGAAAUUUCUGAGGAUUGAAUAGCUCCUGAAGAAGGCCAAUUGGUGACAAGGCUGAAAUGCAUCAUACAGCAUAUGAGAUUUUGUCUCCUCUCAUUCUUCCACCAUAUACCCACUUAAUCAUGCUGAGGAUUUGCAGAAGGACCAAUAGAUGAUGGUAGAACAUAAAUGGUUUCCAUGCAAACAGUUUCAAAUGUUAUCCCCAGCACUCUGGGUUAAAAUAAUAUUAAGGGUGGAAACUUAAGAGCCUAACUCUGUCUCUCUCUCUUCAGUCAGAAUGGACAGUUGUGGUUGAGAUGGUCUGAGAGCAUUGACUCAGGAUAAGUAAAGCAAAACUCUCCUUGUUAAGUUGUGAUAUGUGUCUCUCUGAGUUAUUAGUGUCCCUGCCCUCAGAGGCUCCCUUGUUUCUUCUCAGGUUUGACUCAGGGAAUCAAAAAUUCAGCAUAAGGAGAUGAAGCACAUCACUGUCUUGAAUGACUGAAAUGUUCCCUCAAAAAUUGUCCUCAGGUGUCUUGAAAGGGGGUGGGGACAUGUUGAAACAACGUGACUAAUGAACCUCUCCUUUAUUGGGCCUUUUUUGGUUACCCAAGAUGUAUAUAAUACGGGUAGAAACACUGCACCCUCCUCCUUUGGCUGCAAACUGGUCUGGCAGUCCUUUUCAGAGUUGGCCGUUUUCACAGUAAGGCCUCUUGUGGCUGCUUGACCUCUAGAGACCCACAGCAAUGUCUAGAAAUGGGAAAAGGAUCAACAUUAGCAACCCUCUCCUCUUAUUUCCAGUCUACCACUCACACCACCAUUUCGAUUACCCUUAUGCAUCCCUUACACAUAGAGAAUGCACUCCCCACAUCAAGCCAAACUAUUGUGUACUCAGGUCCUUCCUUGAUAUUAAGAAAAUAAAGACUCGGCAUUACAGUUAUAACUCUAUUCUGUGGUACAGAGGUGUACUGUUAGAAGAAGCUGGGUUCCUUUUCUAGUUGUCUUAAGAUAACAGUUCACAUGGUACCGAUUUAGACAUUUUCCUCAUUAACACAGAGCUUGUUUCCCCUGGGAUUGUUCAGCCUUCUCCACAUCUACAAUUCUGUUUGCCCUCCUUGCCAGCAGGCAUGGGUUUGGAUUUGUACAAGGAAAGAUGGCAGGAAAUAAGGCUACUUUCUCCUGAAGUCAGGAAAGUAUUUAGAAGAGAUGGGGCAGGACUGUCAUGUAGAACUGGUAAAACACAAUUCUGUGGUGGCAGUGUUGUCUUGAAGACAUACCUGUGGCCCAUGCAAAUGAAAUAAAUUUUCUCAUGUCCACUAA